GGGAUGAUAUGGUAAUAAGUUCACAGCGAAGGGGCAGACUAGGAAAGCAGCUGGAGUCAGUAGACUACAAUGGAUCCACGGUAUGAUGGACUAAAAUACAAGCAAGACUCUGGUGUUCUCUUACAGUGCAAUGAAGAAAAUAAACGAAGAACAAGAAAUAAUAUAAAGGAAGGUUCUUAUGGUGUUAGUAUCAGGGUCCAAGGAAUAGAUGGACAUCCAUUCAUUGUGUUAAAUAAUAAAGAAGGCUAUUCAUCACGUAAUAUUCCCCCACCUGAAACAGAACAUCUAUCACAAGACAGAUCAUUACCGAAUUUAAAGAACAGUCAAAAUUCUCUAAGGACAGAUGACAAGGAUUUUCCAGAAAAUCCAUACAAGUCAUACAAAUCCUCAAAUAAAAGUAAUUAUCUCCGCUCUGGGACUGUCGCCUCUGAAUGUGAAGAUGAAUCUCUAAAAACAAGCCUGUUGAAUUUUCAAAGACAUCCUGAGCUUUUGAAACCCUAUGAUCCAAAUGAAAACUCCUUGAACAAAAACAAUUACAAGUCAUCUAAAAAUAACUCUGGUGUGUCAACUAUAGAAGAACAAAGUAAGAAGGAUUCCAAGCGUUAUAUGUCUUUACCUAAAGAAGCUACAUUUAAAAAUGUGCGCAGUAAGUCGACUGAUACAGUCGAAUUAAAUGGUAAGGAAGCAUCUUCCAAGAAAGAAGACCAAAUCAAGUCACCAACAGACACAAGUAUUCUGAGUAGUACUAGUGAUAAUAAUACUUCAGAGUCUUUCUCUUCCAGUAAUGGAUCUCCAUGUAGUACCAACUCAACCAUUACUGCUGAGUCUAGGAGAACACGGCCUGAUGUUCUUCAGUUUAAAAGACAGGAUUCAGGCCAGCCUCUUGAAGGACCUCGUUCACGUAGAUCAUCCUGUUCUUCAGCAACUGCAACAUCAUCUCAGUCUUUACAAAAGUUUUGGCUUGAAGAGCAAGAGGAUGCUCUUUAUGCUGAUAAUGUGAACCGGCAUGAAAAUCGGAGGUAUAUUCCUUUUGUACCUGGGACAGGUCGCGAUAUUGAUACUGGAUGUAUUCCUGGAGUGGAUGAGUUGAUUGAAAAGUUUGAUGCGACUAUCCCUGUGCAAAGAAGAGGCAGGUCUGCCAAACGGAAUAGGAUCAAUCCAGAGGAAAGGAAGCGAGCUAGAAGUGUUGACAGUGCUCUACCAUUUGGUUUACAAGGCAAUACAGAUUACCUAAAUGAGUUCAGUAGAAAUUUAGGCAAGUCAAAUGAACACUUAUUACGGCCAUCUCAGAUCUGCCAGCAGAAACCACAUAUGCAGAACUAUAAACUUCCCUUUAAAAGGCAAAAUACAACUGGGAGCCUUAUCAGCCAAGCCUCACCCCCAGACAAUGCCCACCAGCAAAGCUAUAGUUAUUUGCCAUACUGCAAAGAAACCAAGAAUAGCAUGUUAACUCCAUUCAGUGAGACUGACUCGGCCACAUUACCAAGGCAAAACAAGAGAAAUGGAGAUGUUAAAACCAUGAAGUCCUCUUUGAAGCUGUUACAUUACAACACUGGCCCAUCAGAAGAGGCAAAAAGAAGUGUUUCUGCAAAGACACACAGUUCAGGUCAAGGUGCACAGGUGACUCCAGACCUUUUGAAGGGCCAGCAACAACUAGCACAGCAAACCCAUGAAGAAAAUGCAAAACAGAUACUUUUUAAUUAUUUGAAAGAAGGGAGUCAGGAUAAUGAUGAUGCAACCAAAAGAAAAGUCAACUUGGUCUUUGAAAAGAUUCAAACUUUAAAAUCCCGUGCAUCCAGCAAUGUGCAGAGUCCAGAUCCAGCAGCAGAAAUCAAAGUUUUGACCGACCAGAAAGGUGAACUUGAAAAAAAGCUUGUUGUCCUCCAGAAACAGCUUAAUGAGCAAACAAAGAGUCAAGAAAGCAACAAAGAACAGAAUAAUAAAACAAAGGCAAGCAUGAAAGACAUCCAGGAACAACUUGAACGUAGCAUGGAAGAAAACUUGGUUCUUCGUGGGAAACUGGGGGAGAGUGAGAAAGAAUUAAGAAAACAUCUAGAAGACUUAUUUGAGUUGAAGAUGGAGCAGGAGCAAUAUCAGACUGAAAUCCGAGACCUGCAGGAACAGCUGUCAGAAAUGCAUGAUGAAUUAGAUGAUGCAAAGCACUCUGUUGAUGAUGAUGGAGAGAAGGAGGCAUUGAUAGAGGACCUCAUGCACAUGAAACAAGCAGUCCAAGAGUUGCUAAUUGCAAAAGAAGAACAAGAAGAUCUAUUAAGGAAGCGAGAACGAGAACUCACUGCUUUAAAGGGAGCACUGAAAGAAGAGGUGUCAACUCAUGAUCAGGAAAUUGAUAAACUGAAAGAGCAGUAUGAAAAAGAACUAAGGAAGAUGCGUGAGAGUCUUCAAGAGACAAUGGAGAAUGUGAAUAAUAUCGCUACUCAGAAGAAUGAAGCAAAUGAGAUAAAGAACGCAUGUGAAAGUAGAGUAAAAAGUUUAUUGCGAGAAAAUGAAGAACUGAGACAAAGGAUACAGCAGCUGGAGGCCAAAAUAACUGAGCUUCAUCAGAAAAUCAAUGAGCUGAAUGAAGAUAAUGAUAGAACAAAAGAGAGACUGCGGAGAACUGAGAAAGAAAAGCAGCAGCUGAGUGAAUUGCUAGAAGAUGCAAAGGAACAAGAAAAAGAAGCACUACAGUUUUCUAGAGGGUUAGAAAACCAACUUGAAGACACAAAGAGAAACCUCAGUAGAAUCACUCAUGAGCAUCACCAGUUGAAUGAGCGAUUGAAAGAGGAAUCUAAUCAGAAGGAACAGUUAAGGAACUUGAAGAAUGAAAUGGAAAAUGAACGCUGGCAACUGGACAAGACCAUUGAGAAAUUGCAUAAAGAGAUUUCACAGCAUGUUGAGUUUUCCCGAACAUCCACUGUGGAGGUUCAAAAGCAGUUUGAUGACUAUAAAGAGAAGAACCGGAAGGAAGGCUCUGAAAUGCAACGACAGAUUAAAGAUAAGUCGCUGGAAUUAGAAAGAUGCUAUCAGACAAUCAAGAAGCUGCAAGAUGAGAUUCGUCACUUGGAAGAAAAUUUGCAAGACCACCAGAGCGCCCACGAUGAAUCACUGACUAAGCAUCAUCUUCUGCAACAGACAAUUAAAGAUCUACAGUAUGAGCUGGAUGCCAAAAACCAUUUGAAGGAUGAUCGUACUAGACAAAUAAAGUCAAUGGAGGACAAGAUAUUUCAGCUGGAAAUAGAGCUUGACGAAGAAAAAAACAACUCUGAUCUCCUGCUGGAAAGGAUAACCAGAUGCAGGGAACAGAUUGAACAAAUGAGGGGAGAACUGCUUCAAGAACGUGCUGCAAAGCAAGAUUUGGAGUGUGAUAAAAUGUCCUUGGAAAGACAGAACAAAGAUCUGAAGAGCAGAAUAGCUCAUCUUGAAACUUCACAUCGAUCCAAUAAAGAAGGGCUUGUUGCUCAGAUGGAAACAAGAAUAGUGGAGCUGGAAGAACGCCUGGAAAAUGAAGAAAGGGAUCGGGCAAGCCUCCAACUCAGCAACCGCAGGCUGGAGAGGAAGGUGAAGGAGUUAAUGAUGCAGGUGGAUGACGAGCAUCUCACUUUAACCGAUCAGAAAGAUCAGCUAAGCCUACGACUGAAAUCAAUGAAGAGACAAGUAGAAGAAGCUGAAGAAGAAAUUGAUAGGCUGGAAAGUUCUAAAAAGAAACUGCAAAGAGAUCUCGAGGAACAAGUUGACCUCAAUGAGCAAUUGCAAGGACAGUUAAAUGGUGCAAAGAAGGAGCUCAGUAGACGCAGGAACUCCCCAAGCAAGAUGUUGAAUGAUCUUGAUGACGAUGAUGACCUAAGCACCGAUGGAGAGAGCCUUUAUGAAGCACCUUCUUUAUACAAAUAUUCCAGGGAUGAUGGCCUCACCACCUAAACUGGAUCUGUUAUUUGGACUGUAAAAGAUGAAUGAACCAUAGAACACCAUGCACUGUACAUUCCAUGGAAUAAAACACAGGAAAGCGACAAUUGGGGCAGCAUGCCACCCAGCAUUUAGUAUUCUUUUACAUGCAAAGCAAAGUAAACUGAUUUGUACAGAACAAUGUCUUAAGAAUGUUAUGCUUUGUAAAUAUUAUAAUCCAUAUAUAAUUUGUUAUAGAGUAUUUCAUAGUAUAUUCAAGUAUAUAAUAAACUGUUACAGUUAAUCUAGCUUUUAUGACCAAUCCCAGUGCAGUUGCUGCAAGCCUACUUGUUAGCGAAGACUUCAGACAUCCAAAUAAGUAACUACUUUGCUGAAUGUCAUUACUUUUAUUGACACAGCUAACAGUCUGGUGUAAAUAAUUGUUUAUUUGUAUUGAUUCUUAGAUUGCUUUGUUGUAAAAUCCAAAUCCAAUCUUUUACAACAUGCUUCUCUUGCUAUCGUGAAAUGAAAUAUUUUUUUAAUAAUGUUAUUACAUCUAUUAAAGA